AAACAUUUUUGCAACCUUGUCACAAUCAGUUAGACCACUUUAGUUUCAUACGGUUGGUUUCCAUUUCGUUUUGAGCCUUUGAAUAAUUCACUCAUUCACAUGGAUUUUCAAAUCGUGGUGUUUUUCAUUUUAGCCAACGCAUUGAAUUUGUGUCGCAUAAAUUCGAUGGGCUAUAUUUUAGAUGCACUUGACUCAUCGUCACCGUGUCCAAUUUAUCUGACAAUCUCGCCGAUCAGUCAGAAUGUGGAAAAUUCCCACAUGGAAGUAAAUUGGGGACCAAAAUGCCCAAAUCCAGCCGAAUGGAUUGGCCUGUAUCCAGAGGAUCCGUCUGUAUCCUAUUCGGCACCGUUAUUCACCAUUGAUCUUGACAAUAAAACCACUGGCCACGUUAAAACACACGUCAAACUGGGAGACAUCCAACUGCCAUAUGGUUGGGAUAGAAAUGAUGCAGCAGAUAGCCCACCUGAUCAUAUCAAAUCGGCUUGUUUGCCAUUUUACAUUGCAUCGUUCAAUGGAAAAAAGAUACAAACGCUGGAUUGCCUGAAGAUACAACCAAAUUGGAUGAAAUCAAUGCCUGAAAUUCAAAACGUUCCACUUAAAGAUCUCUUCAUUCCCGGCACACAUUGUUCGGGUUGCUAUGAUCGUCGAACGAAAGCCAGUCGUAGUAUCCUGUUGAAAAAGUUUGGUUUUGUGCAGAAUUUCGAUAUUUGGACACAGCUCGUUUUCGGUGUUCGAUAUUUGGAUAUUAGCGUUGGUCACAAAGAUCCAAAGAAUGAAACAAAUUCCCCUUCAAAUCUAUGGAUCGUGAAUGAAAAUCUGUAUGUUGCACCAUUGCUGCCACUUUUGGAAGAAAUUCGUCUAUUUGUCAAAUUGUCAAAAGAAGUCGUUAUUAUGAAUUUUAUUGAAUUUCCCAUUGGUUUUUACAAUAACCCUGAACGACAUUUGGUGCUUCUGCGAACAUUGGCUGCUGAAUUUGGGGACAUAAUAUUUACGCGGCCAUGGGAUAGUACGGCCAGUUCAGGUGACUUAACCCUUGAAAUGAUGGAUCGCACAGGCAAAAACUUACUCAUCCUUUACAAUGACAAAAGUGUGAUUGAAGACUCGCAGCUGAUUUGGCCAAUAUGGAGGAAAUUUACGACCGUAAAUUUACAGAGCAGUGAACUACACGAUUAUAUUCGUGAAAUAUUUAGUAGAAAGAAUGAAUACACCCCAAAAAAUGAGCCAUGGGUGAUUUAUGGCAUUCAAGGAGUUGACGCAUCUUAUUCACCUGGACUACACUUACCUGCGUCACGAGAACGUGCAAAUGCCAUCAAUAAAGUAUUUACGGAUUUAAUCAGCAAUGCAUGGGCCGCCAAUGCAAAUGUGGUGGCUUUUGAUUUCUUUAUGAGCUGCAAUUUAAUCGAACUGGCGAUUGGAAUCAAUUUUCAAAAGCAUUUUAACAAUACAAACUACCUAAUUUUGGAUAUUGACGAGUGAUGUUGACAUUUUCUGGAUUACAUUCUCGAGUAUAGUUGCGUACUAAAAGCAUACAUAAAUAUUGUCUUUGUCACUGUCAUAAAAAUAAAAAUAUGCUCAAAUGUUGCAUUUUUCUAUAAUAACUGUU